AUGCAAGGAGGGCGAGGGCAGAAGCGCAGAGGAAGAGCGCUGGCCGUCGACGGCCUGGGCGGGUGGUUCGACUCCCUCGAGAUCGCAAGAGCUGUGGGGAACAACAGCAGCGUCCGCGGCAAGUGCGCUGGCAACUCGAUGGAUGCUACGCUGGACAGCAGAAGUAUCGAGCCGGAGACAAAGCAAAGUCCUUUCGGCUCGUCCAGCAGCAGGCGAGGGGGGAAUCCCAGCUUUGUAGGAAGCAGGGCUGGAGACAGAACGCUCAUCACAGAGGUGGUGAGAGGUCGGAGAGCGCAGACUGGCAACGCCUUUGAGGCUUGCUGCAGCUCGCACGGCCCAGCCAAGGGUCAGGGGCUUGGGGGGAGGAAAUGCGGAGAAAGCCAGGCCAACAGCAGUCUAGCCGGACACAAUUUGGGACGAACGCCUGCAAAUUGA